AUGUAUAAGAAAGCUCCAUUAAUAGCGUUUAUUCUACUAUUUCUUAUAAUAAUAGAUAUAACAAAUUCACUUCCUGAAUUAACUUAUCAGGAAACAGAACCAAACUUGUUAGCACUUUAUGGUGAUUCAUUUACUGAUGGUAGUCUAAUCCUCCGUUUUGUUAAACAAUCUCAAUUAGAUAAUUGUUAUGAACCAACAUUAUAUUUAAGAUUAGUAAAACCUGACGGUAAUGUAAAAAAGUUAGAACUUAAUGACAUACCUCAAAAUAAUUUUUGUAGAAUUAUUUCAUUAGCUGGUACUCCAUUUCAUAAAAACGAACGUCAUAAUAAAUUAUACAACAACAAUGAUGAUAAUAAAUAUGGUGGAAACGACAAUGGAGAAAACGAUAAUAAUGGAGGAAACGACAAUGUUGGAGGGAAAAUUGAUGAUUCUAAUAACGGAGUAAAUAAUAAUCGUAGGGACAAUAACAACAAUAAUGGUAAUGGGAGUCCCAAUAAUGGAAGACCAGCUGCGCCUGCACCAGCAAUACCUCCAACAAAUAAUUUGUUAGAUAAUAUCACUGUACUUGCAUUAUCAAAAAAAUACGUUCUUCUUACAUAUUUUUGUAAUUUACCUACGUCAAAUGAAUUAUGUGGCAGAAUUAUAGAUUUUAACGGUGUAACAAAAAGCAUGAUAACGUUUAAUGAUUUUAAUGGUUCAUGUACAAAUCUUAAAAUUACUAAGAGUUCUUACGAUGAUGGUGGAUUUUUAUAUACCUGUUAUAAACAAGAAACUAAAUCGAUAGAAUGGAUAACUUACUCAGCACCAAAUAUUAUCGAUGAUUCGAUAACAGAAAAAUAUAGCGGAGAGAUAGGAAAUAUUACGAGAUAUGACUUGACAAAUAUAUUUUCGACAGAAGAUAGAGGAUAUUCAAUUGUAACAGGAUAUUUCGAUAAUAUAGAUAAUGUACAAAAUACAUUACCACAAUGGGUAGUAACGGCAAAUUUUAUUACAAAUGAUGGACAAACUAAAGGAUCUUAUUUAAUUUACUCUCAAGAAGUGGGUACGAUAAAAACGCUAAGUAUACCAAGAUGUAAUAUUGCGUAUCAAUUGUAUGGAUAUAGUUGUGUAUUAUAUAUCGAAACUAACGAAAGAACGUUUAUAAAUGUUGAUUUCACAUCAAAAGGGGCUGUAUUGAAUUCACAAAUGUUUAGUGUGAGCCAAUUGAACGAUGUUAAUACUCAAUUAUAUGAUAUUAGAAAUCUUUAUAAGGGUGGGGAAGUUUUCAUUAUUACUACAUCAGAUAAUAAUAUAUCUGGAUUUGCGUAUAGUAAUGAUGGAAUGUACAAUAGUACUUGGGCUUUACCCAAUAAUUAUACUUAUACUAGAAAAAUUUAUGGAAUAAAUACUGAUAAUACUGUUUGGGCUAUUGCUGAUAAGAGUAACAACGCCAUUGCUACGAACCAAUGGACUAUUGUAUAUUCAACUGCUUUAACGACAUACUCAACAGUUCUAGGUGAUGCAGGAUAUAGUUCAUCGUCAAUAUUAUCGAUAAUACCGGGAAAAAAUGCAGUAACAACACCGGAUCUUAAUCAAAUUACAAUAACAUAUGUAAUGAACAGCAUUGAACCUUCAACAGGUUAUAUUACAAUUAGUCAAAAGAAUGCAAAUGAAGGUGAUGAUCUUAUUAGAAUCAAAAUACCCGCAAAAUCACCUCCAAUUGGAACUGUAAAUAAUGUUAUAAUACACGGAUCUGUAGUGAAAGUUACAUUAGAAGAUGGUAUUUUUGAUAGAGAAAAUGCUACGUAUAUUAUUAAAAUUGACGAUGAUUUUGUUCAAGCUAACGGACAAAAUUUAAUUGGAGAUUCUUGGGAAAUUUCGACAGCUUCUGGUUAUAGAAAGAAUGAACCGGGUGACGCGAGAGCAUCUAUUCUUUUAACCCCAGACGGAACAAGAAAUUAUUUAGAAAAUAAAAAUAGUAGAAAGACAUACGUUGAUGAUUUGUCUAAUGAAAUUUCAGAUGCGCUUGCAAUUGAAAAAGGACGUAUUUUUAUACCGUAUGAUAGGUAUCAAUAUAUGAAAGACGCACGUAAAGUUCAAAUAUUGUUACGUGUAGAUAUUAAAGACACGAAAUCACCAGAUCAACCAAGCUCAACUGCGGUAAGAAACAGUUUAGAUAAAGCCAUUAUAUCCAAAGGUAAUUCAGCUAUACCAAUAGGACCGCGUACAAAGGAUUUAGAUUCCACUUAUGGAGCUCCGGAAACUCAUUUAGAAGCGUUAAAUGUUGUAUCAUCAAGAUGUGCUGGUUAUAACGAAUUAAAUGCAAGAUUUACAGAAAAAGGAAGAAAAACUAAUCUGGAAAGUGGUGAAGGUGAUAUACUUAAACCUGAAACUACAACUGAUCGUCAAAAUGAAGAAGUAACUGUACUUGGAAAUAUUGGUAUAUCGAGCGAAACUUAUAUUGAUGAUAAUGAUGACAAAAUUUCGGCAACAAAGGAGGAAAUUACCGAGGGAGAAUCAUUAUCUGGUAAUAUUCCUGGAAAUAAAUCUCGCACAAAUAAACGAACUACUGAAGAGCAAAUCACUGAGGAAGAAACUACUAAAGAAUGUGAAGAAAUUAUCACAACUACUACCAGAAUUAUACAAAAGAAGAAAGUGGUAAUAAUAAAGAAAUAAACCUUACUGUAGGAUUUCCACAUUACAAUCUGAAAUCACUACAGAUACUAUAACAACCGAAAAUGGGGAUACCACUUUUACCAAGUAAGAAAAUUAAAAGGGAAUAGGAAAUGGGAUAGUUUCUCUUCGAGUAGUAAGUAGUACAAUGGACAAUAAUUUAAAUAAAUAAUGGGAAUUUGUAAAUGUAAAAUAGAAAUUAG